ACCCGAAUAUACACGUAUCUUUUAUCACGCGGCAAACUUAACCUCUCGAUGCUUCAAGUAAACCCUCUGGUUUACACCGACCGUUUGAUGCACGUAUCAAAUAGUGAAUAAUUAGCAACUUGAUUUAGUCAUUGACUGAUCGCUUCAAUUACGCCGCUUGAUACGCAUAUCGGACAAUCUGGUGGUCUCUGUUACACGACAAACUUUAACCUCUCAUUGUCAAUCUUGAAACAAAUCCUUGCAUAAGAAAAAAAAAACAAAUCUUAAAUUCCGAAGGCAUCCCACGAAAUCGAGUCAGACAAUGGCACACUGUAAUUUAGAGUUAGAUAAAUGUCAGCUGAAGUGAUAUCGCACGCCUUUUGCCUCGGUUGCUUUAUUUGUAAACAAUAUGCAUUUUUUAAAACCAGUUUUAAUGUGAUAGUCAUACAUAUACGAUAUGAAACACGUAUCGAUAAGAUUUCGCUGUUAUUUAUUUUAUUUCUUUUCAGCCAAAUUCUGGCCGAGGUGAUAUUUUUUCGCAAUAAAUUUAGAAUAAAAUAUUUGGACACUAAGACCCUGUCACGGCUCUUAGUCCCUUUAUCCCUUCAAAUUUGCGUUUAUCACAUUCGAGCCAUACGAAUUUUAUUAAUUUGCUUAUUUAUUAUAUUUAUUUUAGUAUGCAGUUAUAAAUGACGAUGUCAGAGUUUAAAAGGGUGUAUUCUUUUUAUAUAGACAGAGUAAUCGCAACGGAAGAUAUGUGGACCCCGUACAAGGAAUUACAAAGCCUUGUUGAGAAGUAUGUGAUAUCGGUCCCCGAUACUCAAGAUCCUCAGUAUCAUGAGCUCACGGAGGCUUUGCGGAAUCACAGACAGAAUUUUCUCACGAUAUUAAAGAAUCCACCAAAGAAUGCCAAGAGCCGAGAAGAAAUUAAGAAAGGAGUCACGGAUGGUAUCACCCUACCUGGCUUGGGUCACCAAACGUUAUCGAAGGAGCUAGUGGACGAGACGCUCAUUAUAUCGGACAUGUAUGAUUUGAACGAGUUCAUGGCGCUGGAUCUCCUCUGUACCGCUCAGCUUCAAAUGCCGCAUCAUCCUGGUUUAACCCGCGGCUUAACUGCUGUUCUUCUGUAUUACGAUGGAAGGAAAGCGCUGACAUCAGUAUUAAGAACCUUGGUGCACACUCGAAUUGGUCACAGCUGGGCGGUGGAUGCACCGGUUGCUCUUACAAGGCACAUUACUGACUAUACGAAUAAAUUGCAAGAGGAUGGUCUGUUAAAUAGGAUUUUAUCCUUGCUGGAGGAAAUGGAUCCCACUAAGGAACAAGACUUGCUGCAACAAAAUAGGGCAUUAGGCGGAGCGAAGCAUCAUCAGAUGGUCAUGAAACUAUACAAUGACACGCGACAAGACCUGGCUGAUAUUUUGUACUUAUGGUCCGCGCAAUCGUCUCUUCCGAAUAUAAUUCUGUUCCGUUUGUUAUCUAUAUUGCAAACGCGUCAAGUAGAAUCCGAGGCUGGCGAAGGGGGACCUGACAAAGUUACACUUGCGCUCAUUAUGGCCGUUUUGAAUGCCUUCAAUUUUAGUUUCUUACAUAGUCGCGAAAACGGCGAAGAGCUAAUUAAUUCAAUGCCACUGAUAGCGGAAAGGGAAGCGCUGGAGGAACUGAAUCAAAAGUUGAUUUCCACUAACAUAAAUUGGGAAAGUGCUGGUUUGCGAGGAGUGAUACAGUUUGCUUUAGCGAUAGCUAUGAUUACCAUCAAAACCACCACCACUCAAUUUCAGUCUCAGAACAUUAACGCGGAGGACGAGAUACUGGAAGCCGCUCUGGCUAACAAAGCUUUCCAUUUUAUGGCCGAAGUUUUACUUAAGAAUAGUUACAUACAUCAGGAGGAGUUUUACGUCCGUUAUUUUCACACGCUGAUUUCCGACUUUAUAUUACUGAUGCCCGUUAAGAUCAAAGAAUUACGCAGUCGCGCCGACGAGUCCAUGCGCUUGAUUCAAGCGUUCCAGCAGGAGGGCAUCGAACCUCCGAUGAACCUGGACAAUCAUUUCGAAUAUUUAAUGCUGAUGAUAGCGGAACUGUACAAGGAAGAUCCAUUGAAAUUAAAUUUAGCCAUGGACUACUGGUGUCAUCAUACCGACACGACUCAUGUGUCGGCUCCCGCGUACAUCAGUCGCCUGCCGUCUAGACAAGUUGCCUUGUUUAAAUUUAUACGGCUUGCCGGAGAGAUAUUGCCGGCAGGUUUGUUCGUUCCAUACAUGAAGAUGAUAGCGUCUCUCGCCUCGUCGCCACAAGCGGCUAGAUACGCAUUUAAUUUUUUUAAACCAAACGGUUCAUCGGGUUCGACAACUAUUUCCUGGGAUCAUUUCUUCAAUUCCUUAAACCGAUACUAUUACAAUUUAAGGCAGGAAUUACCUCCUAGUCAGGACACAGUGUAUAGGCAGAGGUGCCAUCCGAAAGGAAUUAUGCCUCAGGAAGUUAAAGGUCUCGAGGCAGUGCUGUUGGUUGUCCAAGUGAUAGCUAAGAACGACGAAAUGUCGAGAGUGGCGAUAUGCGAUCACCCGAGUUGGAAAGUUUUGCAAUCUUUGAUCGGCUUGGUGAGCUGCGCGAUGCCGAUACCGUUGAAGGGCGUGCUGGUGAGGACUCUCGCGGCCCUGGCCAGAUCUCCAGAGAGUUCCUCCACCGUUUGGCAGAGCUUGGAGGCCGCUCAGUUUCUGUCCACCAUACCGACAACGAGCAGUUACCAGCCGAGAGGCGUGCAGACGGAAUUAGAAGAGAUCGAAUCUAGGAACGAGGAGUACCCGUUAACGCGCGCCAUGUUAGAGCUAUUAGACGUGCUCACUGAUUUCCCGAUACCACGUCUGUUGGGCGUAGGUCAACGAAACCCAGGAUUCGAUCCGUACUUGCACUUCAUCAUCAACACCGUCUUCCUGAGAUUCCACACUCGCUCUUACAAAAAUCCCGCCGAGAAGUGGAAGGUGGCGAGAGCCUGCUUGAAGAUAUUCUCGAAGCUGAUAAAGCAGUACGAGCCGACCGUCGAGGAUUUCGUGGGCUGCAAAGUCGAGUUGCAGGGCGGCGAGUCCACCUUGGUCAAUUCGGCUCCAGGAUAUCAUUUGAUGACGCAACUGCACACCACUUCUGAACUGUUGCACGUGAUACUGUUCAUCAUGGACGAGGGUUGCCAUCAUUUCGACACCUACGACUAUUUCCCGGGCAAGAGACAUCUCGAGAGCUGCAGUCUCUAUUGCUUGGAGAUACUGGAGCGUGGAUUGAAGAUGCAGAACAAUUAUAUGACGCAGUUGUCCGCCAUACCGUCCGUGAACAAAAUCAUGACCGGACUGUCGCGUUUGCUGCUCGGAGUUAAUCCUCGCACCGGCAAGCCGGAUCACAUGAUCAGCAUCGUAAAGUACGUUUCUUACAACUCGUGGUUGCCGAAACAGGCCUUCGUGGCGGUCGGCGUUAUUCACGGCGUGACUAACGAGCCCGGAGCGGACUCCGAAUUGCUGUCGACGUUCACGGCAACCUCCACGUUAGCGACGAACGUCAGGCACGGCUUCGUCGAGUGCCUGGACGCGGACAGUGUACCGGAGGACGACGACGAGAUAAUCGGAGCGGACGAGCCGAGCAGGCAGCCGAUCGGAAAUUGCAAGGAAAGAAUUCUACUCCUGAUGAUGCACAGUAUUACGCGGCCCGCGCCCAAUAUCGCACAUUACUUGCUCGGCUUCGAGAUAACCAAGGACAUCAAGAAGACCGCGAUCCAGCAGCCGGGAAUCCUCGGGUUUCCGCGCACUUGCCUGCACUCCAUCCUGGGCAUUCUGGAGCAGUCCCUCGAGCGCGGCCGCGACAAGAUAACCGAAGCCUGCUACUGUUAUCUCCACACGUUGGCGGCUAACAGUAAAACGUCGGCGCCUGUUCUCAGAUUUUUACGUACCACGAGUAACCAGGACUUCGUGCAGAGACACCUGUCCAAAUUACCGUUUCAGGCACCGAACAGGUCGACCGAGCUCGGCUGCAUGUCCUGGCUGUUGAAAAUUGCGGCUAUCGAGCUACGAGUCGCCGGCGGGAGCUUGCAGACCUCCCUGAUUCAACGUCUAGUGGGGAGUUUCAAUCAGGACAAGGAUCAGAUCGUGCCCUCUCAGAAGCUUCUGAUGGAUCUCCUACAUUACAUCGACUUCCAGCUGUAUCUGGAGCCUGCGAAAUCGUGGGAAUUUUUCGAUCCGUCGCAGAUCGAAAUGGUCCUGGGUAAAUGUAGCAUUCCCGUCGCGUUGAUGGGCGGCCCGUGGCUCAUCGACAUCAGAAAGCUGCACUCUCUCAUCACCGAGGAACUGACGGUCACGCAAAGCAGCGCGACCGCUACCCAGCGCAAGCUCAUGCAGCAGGAGGUGAAGUCCAUACUUGCGCACGCGUUGAAGAAGAAUCAGACCAAGGUCCUGUCUUACGCGACUGUUAAAUUUGUGGAGGGCUGGUGCCAAACGACGGAGAUACUCUUCUCCGUCGCGACGAAUCAGCAACUGCCGGUGGCUCAACGGCAGAAUCUCCUGUUGAAUCUGUCGCACGAUCUGCUGCAGAAGAUGACGUCCUGCGAGGCUCUGAGCGAGAUCAAGACUCUCGUAUCCGGAACGGUCCUGAUGCUGCUGGUGAACCUGCGAAACAGCUGCGUGAUUCAGUCGGACAACGAGUUACUGCCGUCGUCGCCGUCGAACACGACGAUGAUGAAGAUUAUCCUGAGCCACAUUUUACAGUGGAUCAUAAACGCCGGCGCGUCCUCGCAGAAAGUCGUGACGCAUCUCUACGCGGCCCUGCUGAACUUUCUGAGUAUCGUUGGCUUGGAGAAGUCCGAGCACGUGAGCGCAAUCGACUCCAUGUAUAUCAGCCAACUGGACAGUUCGUUAAACAAGCUGAUGCCCGUGCAGGAACGUUCGCAACGUUACGCGACGAUCCAGGUCAUCAACAGCUUCGGAAAUCAGCUGAUGGAUAUCCUCUGCCACAAUUGCACGGGCGGGCACGACGUGUGCAAGAUGCUCGCGCUGUCCUGCCUGGACAAGAUCCUGGAAUUGGAUUACGAUAACGCGUGGAUGAUCUAUUUAGCGAGCAGAGGCUACUUGAAGCAUAUGAUAGACAGCCUGCUGGAGUCGGACGGUCUGCUGCGAUGCAUGCUGCAACCGGAGCCGCAGACGAUGCGGCCCCUGUACCUGUACGAGGCGAAGAUGGCGAUCUUCUGUAGGAUGGCGUCGACGAGACUGGGCGCGGAGAGCCUGUUGGAGAACAAGAUCUUGUCCUGCAUGUCCAGUAUGUGCGCGUUCGACCAGCACCCCGACGUGCACUUAGGCUUCGAGGACGGCGAUUAUUCGUUCAUACCUUCCGUCGGGCAGCGCUAUCAGCAGAUUUUCUUACCGGCUUUGUAUCUCUGCGACGCUCUGUUCACCACUCUGGGCACGGAGAAUCAAUCGUGCGCCGUGCAGGUCUGCGGGUUUCUGCAGAGUCACCGGGACACCGUAGAAAUGGCCCUGAGAAACGCCUUCUCGCACGCCAACGUGCUCUUCCUGAAGGAGAUCGCGUGUCUCACCGGCGUAAUAUCUAGAUCUGCUAAUAUAGACAUGUACAAACUCGUGGACGAGGAACUGGCGAAAAUCAACAUAGACGAUUACAAUUUGGAGAACAGCACCGGGAUGGGAGAAUUGCGAGCGCAUCUGUACCGAUUGCAGAAGUUGAUGCUGUCGUUGUUACACAAGUUUCAGCUGCAGUCGAUCCCGAUAAAUCACAAUUACCAGCAAGCUGACGCGAACCAGCAGUAUAUCUCUUGCAUUCAGAUAGUCGCCAACGUCAUGCUGUACACGCGCAACCAGAUGCAACACAGUCGCAUGGAUCAGAAAAUACGGAAUGUGUUGUUCGAUCCUCAUUUAACGCCGAAGCCUGGAAGACGACAGGACAAGACAAAGGACACCUCUGGUGGAGUGUGUUUGGGCACGAUUGUCGAGCAGCUGGUCUCCGUGACGAAUCUGCUGCACACUGAGCUACCGCACAUCGACUCCCUGAUAAAGAAAGCGCAAGUGGUAACCGACAUGAGUACAGCGGAAUUGAAAAAAUACAUGUCCGAAAACGAGGUGGAGCUCGACAUAGGGAAACAACGACUGCUCGUCGAGCAGAAAUUAAAUCGUUGGAUAAAGGACAAGCGACAAAGUAUAAAAUAUUGCUCUCUUAUAAUAGAGCAUGCUUUGUACAUUGUUUGGAGUCACUUGGACUUUUAUACUAUGCAGGUCAUAUCGCGGCAAACUCAACGAGUGCACGUUACCUCGGGUGGCGUCGACGAGAGCAUGAUAGAAUGGAAGGUUUCGUUGGAAACGCUAGCGGAGCUGAAGCAGGGACUCGUUUCUACAUUUACGGACACCUUUAUCACACAGCUGCUGGACACAACGCACAGCGAAUACGCGACAGUGGACCGUAGCUUUAUCGAAGCCCUUAUAAGGCGAAUUAAAAGAUUGUUACAAUUUAUAACUAUAAAAUAAUGAAUUAACGUUUUCUAAACGUACAUAGAUUCAAUUAUGUUUAGGUACAUAUUUUUUAUUCCACUUUGUAUACUCCACUUAUCGUUAGCCGUCGUUUUGUAAUAGAUAGGCAGUAUUUACUAGGGAGGUGAAAAAAAAUAGUGAAAUCGAUUAAAUUUAUUUGGAAUCCCAUAUCGACUGAUCUCUUUCACAAGGUCGCUUUUAUACGCUUAGAAUUUCCGGUUAUUUAAACGCUCAUUCUGGUUUAGAUUAGCAGAAAAACCAGAAAUUGCAUAAAACUGAGACACGAAAAGAUAUCACUUGCGAUAUUAGAUAAGAGAUCGGUUGAUAUGCAGAGCUGAUUUUGAUCUAUGUACGGGAAUGAAUCGAGGGAAAAAUUGCAUAAAACAUUUUUUCUCUCGCAUCUCCUGCCAAGUGUGUUGAUAGAUUUAUAUUAACAUUUCUUCCGUAUUCUCCUUUUCUAUCUGACACAUACAUCAACGCAAUAAAGUAUAUUCUUGUAAAAUCAUUAUUUAUUACAUGGAUAACAUAAACGAUACUAUGUAAAGAUACGUGAUAAAUAUAGAAUAUUGUAUU